CAGCAUCCAUGCAGCCAAGAACCCAGCCAAUCUCUGGACACCAAACCAGACAUUCAAGACCUGAAGUCAAGCAGAGGAGGAUGUUUCUGGAAAACACAACCCAUCCUCCUCCUUCCAGCGUUUUGCAGCCAUUCAGGAUAAAAACCUGGAGGGCCAAAGAAAGCUGCAAACUGUCUGAACCUGAGAGCGAGAGGCUGGAGAAAGCUCUGGAAGAGGCUGUGAGGGUGGUGUCGUCUUUACUGUCAGUGAGCAGAACUGUGGGAACGUUACUGCUGAGCAGAGACGUCAACAAAUACUGCAAGUUUGUCUGGAGGAAUUCAAGCCUGCUGAACUACAACAGGUGUGGAAGAGCAAACAGAAGCUACAGAACUGAAACGUGUCUGGACGUCACAAUCCCAGAAGAUCAUCUGUCUGGAUGCUACGUUUACCCAGAGGCUGACUCUCCUCACAGGACCGUCCUCAGACCAGAGGGAGUCGGACUUCCUGACACCGACUUCCUGAUUUAUAUCCAUGUACAAGCCACUGACAAAUGUAGAGCAGAGCCUGGUGUCCUCGCCUACGCCGUCCACUGCCAGACAGACGCCGGGGGACGUCCUGUGGCCGGUGUGGUGGUCCUCUGCAGGGACAGGCUGAGCGGCGCCGCCUACAGCCACCAGGCUACAGUUCAGACUCUGAUCCAUGAGAUGUUUCAUACACUCGGGUUCUCCAGAGAUCUCUUCAGCUCCUGGCAAGACUGUCCAUCAGAUCAAGGAGCUUCUUCAUGUUCUCCUCAAAAUAAAGUGAUUCACUCAGACGGAUCAGGACAGACGAGGAUUUACACUCCAGCCGUCGUCUCAGCCCUGCAGAGACACCUGAUGUCCUCUGACCCUGAGCUGGGCGGGCCUCUGGAGAACCUGGAUGCAUCUGCAGGCAAAGUUUCCUCCCACUGGGAGUCGCGGGUCCUGCAGGGAUCCAUCAUGGCGGCGAUGCUGGGAGACCCGACCACAGUCCGGAUCGACCCGGUCACGUUGGCGGCGCUGCAGGACACGGGGUGGUACUCUGUGAACCUGAGCCGUGCUCAGAGUCUGGUCUGGGGAGACGGUGAAGGAACCAAAUUUGGUUCUCUGUCGACCUGCAAGGACAACUCCUCAACCUUUUUCUGCUCUGGAAGUGGAGUUGGAUGUCACUUCCUUCACCUCCACAAAGGGAAAUGUCAGACGGAUCCGUACCUGGAAGGCUGUCGGGUCUAUAAGCCGCUGGAGAACGGAAGUGAAUGCUGGAAGAAAGAAAACACAAAAUGGUCUCCUGCAGAAAACUGGAGCGGAGAGAUGUUUGGCUUUGACAGCCGCUGCUUCUUCUCCAGCCUCAGCAGACAGGUCGGUGACGUUUGGACCAGCAGCUCUGCUGAGGGUCGCUGCUACAGACACAGAUGCUCUGGACCCAACAGGUUCCAGAUCCAGGUGUCUGGCUCUGAAUGGGUGGACUGCCCAGCAGGAGGCGCCGUUCAGGUUAAAGGGUACGGAGGGGAAGUGUUUUGUCCUGACAGACGGUUGUGUCUCUAUCCUGACGUUUCCCCUCCUUUAGACAGAAACUCAUCCUCUUGUUUCUCCACAUGUGGCCCUGAUUGGACCAUCAUUUCACCCCAGGAUGUGACCCGGUCUCCUCUCAGGGUAACUGUGCAGACCGUGUUGCUCUGCUUCGGUGCUGCUGUCUGCGUCUCGGCCGCUUUGCUGGUUUCGUACUGGAAAUGUAGAACCUGCAUGUUCAGGAGCAGCUCUGUGGCUCCAGAGGAUCACCUGUAGAAAACUCAGCUUAAAAAAACAAAAACAAAUAGAACCGUGAUGCUGAAAUCUGAGAUAUUUUGUAAAAAUGACAGGAUGAUUUUAAUAGGUUGUUUAUUUAUCAUUUCAGUGGCAGUUAG